CUCUUUGGUCUUGGCCAUAGUGGAGUUUGGAGUGUAACUGUUUGAGGUUGUGGACAGGUGUAUUUUCUACUGAUAACAAGUUCAAACAUGUGCCAUUAAUACAGGUAACGAGUGGAGGACAGGGGAGCCUCUUAAAGAAGACGUUACAGGUCUGUGAGAGCCAGAAAUCUUGCUUGUUUAUAGGUGACCAAAUACUUAUUUUCCACCAUAAUUUGCAAAUAAAUUCAUUAAAGUCCUACAAUGUGAUUUUCUGGAUUUUUUUUUCUCAUUUUGUCUGUCAUAGUUGAAGUGUACCUAUGAUGAAAAUUACAGGCCUCUCUCAUAUUUUGAAGUGGGAGAACUUGCACAAUUGGUGGCUGACUAAAUACUUUUUUGCCCCACUGUACCUAUCAUUUCUGUGGUGAAAUCAAUAUCACUCUAAACUGUCAUGGCCAUUUUGAGAUAUAAAAGAAAUGCAGUAGAUUAUUUUAUAAAUAAUUUUAAUUAAAAUGUAAAAUUUACAGGCAGUUUUGUUCUCACUCAGAGCUUCACAAACCCUGUUGAUCCUGUUUCCCCCUCUUAGUGCAGACAGAGGACUUUCAGAAAAACCUUAAUAUCCAGGGUUACCCUCUGGCAUGUAAAGCUUUCACAACCAACAUCGGAUGAAAACUGAAUAGUCAGUUGGGAGGUGAUGUUACUGAACACUAGCGGAAUGGUUGAUACAGUACUAUGAAAAAGUAUUUUCCAUGUUACAGUGCUGGUCAUAAAAAAAAGCAAGCUUGCUCAUGUAUGCAAACAAUGUAGUUCUUCCCCAAAAACAUAGCAAAAUGACUAUAUAGUUAGCAUCUAAAAAUAGCCCUAAUUUAUAAGACAGUUCUUAUUUGAUUAAUGGUGUUCGGACCCAUCUGAAGCUAGCCACAAUAGUGGACUUUCCGGUUAGCCUUCAACAUAAAAGUACGGCAUAAUUCUACUAUUUGUAUUCAUUUGCAUCACUGUCAGUGACAGGUAUUUUGAAUGCAAACAGCAAAUUCCACUAUUGUGUCUAAUCCUUAUUGUGGCUAUCUUCAUAACCCGGUCCGGUCGAGCCUCUUGCCAGAUGAAGCUAGCUGGCUGCUUAUAACGUUAUCUUUUGGCAACAGGGUUCAGUAGCUGCCUAUGUAUUUUCAUGAACUGGAGUUCAGUUUCAAUAGGCGAACAACAAGUGGCUACAUAGCUAAUACUUACAAGAAUUCCUAAAUCAUUGCAAAGAGUAAUGAAAAUGACUGCAGUUUCUACUGGUCAUUGUUUUCAGUCUGGUUGUAUUGGUGCUAGCUUGGUACCAAGCUAAAGCUAGCUACCCCACAAAUUGCGGUCGAACAAAUUAAGCUUUAUUACUAACGCGGUGUUGUAAACACAUCGUUCAUGGCCGGUGUUUGCAGACUUUUUUAAUACAGCUUUGACAGUGCUACUGUAUUUUUGACACAAAGAUCCAAACGGAGUUCCAUAGUAUGUAUGUCGUGAAGCUAAUUGCAGUGACGCCAUUACUGUGCAACUCCGGUCGGGCAACAUCUGAAAAAUAGCCACUUGGUAGUGUGUACCAGUGUUCGACCAGUUGGCAAAAGCCAACAUCACCCAUGACAGUGAACGGUUGAUUGUCAAGGGCAAUGAAUUCCAUUAUCGUGGCUUUAAUGGAUUUCGCCUUGGAGUUGUCUCGCUGAAAUUCUUACACUUUAAAAUGACUGCUCGACUUAUUGACUGCUCGCUCGAUCCACACAGCAGAAAUUUUGGGCUAUGUUAGGAAUGCUGUGUUGCCCGUGUAGCGCCAAAUUUUACGUGGCAUCAUAAUGUCAUGUACCUACGUUUAUAUAGGUAUAUGCACGGUAGCGUUGACAUCAGUUUUUAACAUUGGCAUUAAACUAGACAUCGGGCUGAUACCGAUGUUGGCAUUUUUAGCUAAUGGCCCGUUACGAUAUGUGCACCCCUAGUCCUGAGCUACAGGCAGUUAGAUUUGGGUAUGUCAUUUUAGGCGAAAAUUGAGAAAAAGGGUUGGAUCGUUAACAAGCUUAGUCGUAUGUUUUUUAAAUGAUUGACCUCAAUCCAUAUACUAAGGUAUUUGUAUGCAGGGACUCGUUCGAUUAUAGAACCAUCCGAUGAGUAAAGAUGUAAUCCAUCAGAGACAAUCUUAUGAAGACUUAAACAACAUGUAUCUAGUUUUGCCCGUAUUAAGUAUGAGUUUUAAGUCAAAGGGCUUCCUGCAAAACUGUAAAAUCUGAUUGGAGCUUUGUCACAGCAGUCGGGGAAAUUGCAUACAUAAUAGUAUAAUCCGUUUAUAGAUUAAGUUUAGAAUUAACAUAUUGACGAAUAAAAUGUAUAUAAAUAGUGAAAAGAAAAGUCUUUAGUAUCGAUCCCUGCAGAACACCUUUAUGUACUUCAAGAAAUUCAGACUUAACCCCAUCAAUCACGAUGGCCUGAGUUUUGUCACUAAGAUAAUCAUGAAACCAUGAACAGGCCUGAGCUCUGAUGCCUAUCAAGGACAACUUGUUCAAUAAAAUAGCAUGGUCAACAGUAUCAAAAGCUAUUGACAGGUCCACAAACAAAGCAGCACAUUUCAUUUGAGUGUCUAAAGCAUUGACAAGAACAUUAACAACUAAUGUGGUUGCUGUAAUAGUGAUGUGCCCAGGCCUAAACCCUGAUUGGUUUACAUUCAAAAUUCAUUUCUCAGAUAAAGAGCAAAGUUGUAAAUUUACCAAGGAUUCAAGAAUCUUAGCUAGCCAAGGAAGCCUUGAAAUGGGGCAAGAACGCAAUCCAGACCAAACACAGGAAAAGAACCAGAGUCGCACUGCAGGCGUAUUAUAGGUUAUUUGACUAUGAGUAUUUGAUGAAAUACAGCAUCAUGACUUUAUCUCUGAAACAUUGAGUAUAGCAGCACAUUUAUGAGCACAUUUUAUGCAGAUUAGUGGAGACUGAGCUAUACCGGGGUUAUAGGCUACUGAAUAGCAAAAGUAAUAUGAAGAUCGGGACACAAGUGAAGCUUCAUUAUAUAGAUUAUUUAGCAUUAGCAUUUUUGUACAAUAAAAAAAUUGUACAAAACGUUUUUUACAUUUGGCAAUCUGAAACCAACCAGACCAGAUGAAAAAAAAUACAAUGUAAAAAAUAACCGAACUACACCCCAAAACUGUGUGAAAACGCCCUAAGUCAAAUGUCUUCCACACAUUCCACACUUCCCCUUUCCCUCCCGAGCAACCAUUUCGAGUUUCUUUUUCACGUCCUCCGCAUCCAUUAUGCUGUCACGUGUUAUGGUGUUGGAGCCUGUAAAAACCAAUUUAUUGCUGUGAUUAUGCUAUAGGUCAGGCCCUAUUGGUCACGUGCAUGCGAUGCCUACGUGUCACGUAAAGAGAGCAAGGGUUGAGGGAAUAGGGAAUGUUUUUUCUAAACAAGUGAGGGAUUUUGGUAACAGAACCUUUCAGUCAGAGAAACAACAAGUAAGAAACCAGAAAUGGAUGAAAUGAUGUUGUAGCUUUAGCACCACAGACACAGUUACUCUAGCAGGGAGGCGAGAAAGACAAUGUCAACAAUUUCAACCAAUCGAUUGACUCUCAGUUGACCAAUAUUUUUUUUUUCGGGGACAGCCCUACACAUGUUUAUAUAGAUUGGUAUCGAUUAAGUGAGUAGCAUUUAGGAAACUGGUCAGUAGUUCAAUCAAGAUUUCAACCAAAAUGUGAUUUUACAUUUAUUUUGCAACACUCGCGAACGCAAUGUGGGCAGUGUGGUCGGAUGUUAGAUUGCUGACAUGAAUUGAACUAAUUAGUCAAAACAUCUGAAAACAAGACAUGGUAUCAAAAACAGGAUUAAACUAGCUGAAAUGAGUCACUAACAAUUUCCCACAAUGCAAUUUCUUGUCAUUGCUUGUAGCAAUCUGGCCAACCAGAAUCACAACUCACAGACUACUGCUUCAUUGAAGCGUGCGCAUCGUUUGUGACAUUGUCGGCUAACCCAAAUAUGCCCACAGAGUCAUCCAUCAUAGUCCUCCCAGACUUGAAGUGCACAUCAAAUCAAAUGUAUUUAUAUAGCCCUUCUUACAUCAGCUGAUAUCUCAAAGUGCUGUACAGAAGCCCAGCCUAAAACCCCAAACAGCAAGCAAUGCAGGUGUAGAAGCACGGUGACUAGGAAAAACUCCCUAGAAAGGUUAAAACCUAGGAAGAAACCUAGAGAGGAACCAGGCUAUGAGGGGUGGCCAGUUCCUCUUCUGGCAGUGCCGGGUGGAGAUUAUAACAGAACAUGGCCAAGAUGUUCAAAUGUUCAUAAAUGACCAGCAUGGUCAAAUAAUAAUAAUCACAGUAGUUGUCGAGGGUGCAACAAGUCAGCACCUCAGGAGUAAAUGUCAGUUGGCUUUUCAUAGCCGAUCAUUAAGAGUAUCGCUACCACUCCUGCAGUCUCUAGAGAGUUGAAAACAGCAGGUCUGGGACAGGUAGCACGUCCGGUGAACAGGUCAGGGUUCCAUAGCCGCAGGCAGAACAGUUGAAACUGGAGCAGCAGCACGGCCAGGUGGACUGGGGACAGCAAGGAGUCAUCAUGCCAGGUAGUCCUGAGGCAUGGUCCUAGGGAUCAGGUCCUCAGAGAGAGAGAGAGAGAGAGAGAGAGAGAGAGAGAGAGAGAGAGAGAGAGAGAGAAAGAAAGAAAUAAUUAGAGACAGCAUACUUAAAUUCACACAGGACACCGGAUAAGACAGGAGAAAUACUCCAGAUAUAACAGACUGACCCUAGCCCCCCGACACAUGAACUACUGCAGCAUAAAUGCUGGAGGCUGAGACAGGAGGGGUCAGGAGACAUUGUGGCCCCAUCCGAUGAUACCCCUGGACAGGGCCAAACAGGCAGGAUAUAACCCCACCCACUUUGCCAAUAGCAUUAGGCCUAUGUCUACAUACAUGGCUUAGCACCCCAGUGUUGAAGAAAAUGUGUUUUUAAUUCAAGUCAUUUAAGUUGAUAUUUACAGUUAAAAUAUAUAUAAAUACUGUAAUUUAAUUAAUUGCUGACAAUUUUGGGGAUUUUCUGGCCCGGAAAAUUAGGCUACUCAUGUUUCCAUACUGUAAAAUCUUCGACGUACUGUCACCCAUUGGCGGUAUUAUUCCUUACGUCAUAAUUAUGGAAUAUUACCACCAUCUGGCGGCAGUCGGGCUAGUAAAAUAUUUUAUGAACAUCGCUGACAAUAACCCUUUUCAUGGCUUUCUGCCUGACAUCCUCAUGAAGACAGUUGGCAAUAAUUGUAACAUUUGGAGAGAUCUCGAGUACAUUUAAGUACAGCUACAGCAUAGGCAACCUCAACAGACCAAUAUAGUCACAUAUCAUUAAUCUUAGCUCUCUGAUAGGUAGGAAAGGCCGACAGUCAAAGACACCAAACAAGGAUGGUAGACAAAGAUCAAACUAAGUUAAGAGGCAAGCCGCACUUGUUUUGAACGUCUAAGAAACUGUCUUUGCAAGAAUAACCAUUUGACAUAGACUACUGGUUAUAAACUACAUGCAUAAAUCUGUUGUUGGCUAUUUUAUUGCUAUAGUAUAUGCUCAAUGCAAGCUUGUGCUGAUUUGUAGACUACAGAAAGUACAGUAGGGGAGAGUGGGGUAAGUUGAGCCAAAGGGGUAAGUUGAACUUGAGCCUCCCUUAUAUCCCUUACAUGAAAAAUGUGGUAAGCAAAAAGAAAAGAUUUUCACCAAGUCAAAUUAAUUUGUGUUAGAGGUAUCGUGAUGCUUCUAUCUAAACCAAAGUAGUUAAUUUUAAGAUUGUUCUAUGCACCAGUUGGUGGUCUCUAUAAGCUUCAUUAUGAGGUCCUAAACCUAGCAUGAAAGUGCAUCAUUGUAGUUGUGUGGGCUAAUAUAGUCAAAAUGUUUGCCAUUGAGUAAGUUGAGCCAAUGGCCAUGGGUUAAAUUGAGCCAGUGUUGGAGACAAUGGCCAGUUAAGAAAAUUCAAGUGUUGUCUUCCCAGGUGUAAUGCAAGCAUUAUUGCUGGGACAUGAGGUAACAGGACCUGGCCUAUGUUAAGUGUUUAAAAAAGUACAAAGUGUUUGGUAGUUGUCAAGCCUGUGUUAAAAGAUGCUUAAUAAAAUGAUUAAAAGACAAAAAAACAAUUAUGAUUGCAAAUAUUGUGUUUGGGAAAUAAAAAUUAGACAUGGUUUUAAAAGGUAGAGGUAAUAUUUUAUUCUGCACAAAAAUGUGUAGGUUGCUUAACUUAUACUGUCCCGCGGCUCAACUUACCACAUUCCUGGGGUAAGUUGUGCCAAGAGGCCACUUUAUAUGGACAAGCUGUGUUUUCAAAACUGUAUAAUGUUUACAUGAAUUAUGAUUAUUUCCAGGGAUACACAACAUCCUGAAAUAUAUGUACUGUAGAUGUUUUCAAAUGGUUGAAACUGUUAUUUAAAGGCUCAAUGCAGCUGUUUUUAUAUCAAUAUCAAAUCAUUUCUGGGUAACAAUUAUGUACCUUACUGUAAUAGAUUUACAUUCAAAUGGGAAAAAAAUGGCUUUUUAGCAAAAACUAUUUCUCAAGCAAGAAUUUUGCUAGGACUGUCUGGGAGUGGUCUGAGUGGGAAGGGGAAAAAUGAAAACUAGGUUUGGAAAUCUCUUUGUUGUUGGUCUAUUAACCAAUUUACGCAUGUUGAAACUCUCGCCCCUGCAAAUGUGCCGAUUAGAAGGUCAUGUAGAUUCUAUUUUCAACCAACUGUCAGGAAUUAACACUGAUAAAAUUACUUUUUACAGUGUUAAUUGCAUCAGCUGUUGUACAAUAUGAUAUAAAACACAGAAAAAAAAGGUUUUUUUGAAAACCUUUAUUUAACUAGGUAAGUCAGUUAAGAACAAAUUCUUAUUUUCAAUGACGGCCUAGGAACAGUGGGUUAACUGCCUGUUCAGGGGCAGAACAAAAUAUUUGUACCUUGUCAGCUCGGGGAUUUAAACUUGCAACCUUUCAGUUACUAAACCAACACUCUAACCACUAGGCUACCCUGCCACCCCAUUGAUGAUUACACAUGAGCUACAUUGUUAGAAUUUAAGUUAGAAUUGAUUUAAGUUUUAGAAGAAAAUUUGAACGCACACGAAAUGCCUCUGAAGUCGUGAACUCAAUGAUAUCACAACAUAUAAAUCAAAUCAAAUUGUAUUUGUCACAUGCUUCAUAAAACAACAGGUUUGGGCUAACAGUGGAAUACUUACUUAUAGGCCCUUCCCAACAAUGCAGAGAAAACGGAAAUAGAAAAAUAUUAGAAAAGUAAAACAAGUAAUGAGCUCUAGUCAAUGAACAGCAUUCUCACGUACAAUAAGUGUUCCUUUUGUCCAAGUGGGAAAGGACAGUGUGGAGUGCAUAGAAAUUGCGUCAUCUGUGGAUCUGUUGAGGCAGUAAGCGAAUGGGAGUGGGUCCAUGGUGUCUGGGAUGAUGGUGUUGUGAGGCAUUACCAACCAGCCUCUCAAAGCAUUUCAUGUCUACAGAUGUGAGCAGAAGGCAUUUAGCUCAUCUGGUAGGCUUGUGUCACUGGGCAGCUCAUGGCUGGGUAUCACUUUGUAAUCUGUAAUAGUUUGCAUGCCCUGCCACAUCCAUUGAGCGUCAGAGCCCGUGUAGUAGGCUUUGCCUGUUUGAUAUAGAUGACUUAGUUAUGCUACUGGGACAAUCACUGGAUUUGUGAUACUCUUAUACAGAGUGAAUUACAGUAGUGAGUUUUUGUUGAACUUCCAAACACAUUAUUUACACUGUUUUCUCUAGUGAAGGUUUAUUUUAUUAAAAUAUAACUUUUACAUUUAAGUUGGUUUUGCCACACAUUUUUGGUUGUAGAGUAAUUACAUUGGUUGUUUCUACAACAAUUAAACGUUGUUUAUUUAAAGACACCUUUUUUUAAAUGAAUUUCACAUACAUUUUUGUCUCUGUUUUUGUCUCACAAUGACUGCCCACGACUGACCUUUGAACGGCACAAUGACUGAGCAAAGCGUAGUUAUUUAAUCACAGAGAAAUAGACAGAGAUAGUCAUUUAAACUUUUGAAAUGAUUCAAGUAUUUUGUCAAUUGACCAACUGGCAUGGUCUUAUCUUUUAUCGAAAUAUAACUGUUGCAAUUAAAUGACCCAUUUCUGAAAUUAGCCUAUUUUUCAAUUCAAAGUGUUUUGGUCAUGUGCACACGAUAGGGUGUAAACCGGCAAUAGGUUUGAUAUCGAAACUAGCUAUAGCUUUAGGGAAUCAUCAGUCCAAUAUUCCAGCGAUUUAACGAAAAUGUUAUCUUUAAUUACAUCGUUUCUUCCGAGUUUACCUGGAUGGCUGACGCUCGAUGCAACCCCCCUGGACAGUCUACUCCAAGGACUUAUCGGCGCAUGUGGGAUCUCUGUUCUCUGUAACCUGUUGAGAGUACACGUAUUCUUAGAGGCUGAAAGUUCAAGCAACAAAAGCAGCAGUAAAGAGACAUCUAUGCAGAAGAAAUCAAGGCAUCAAGCCAGUGCUACAUUUGGGCUGAGUGGAACUCUCCAGUUCUUGUUCCUGUCAGUGAUGCUGGCUGUAGUGGGCUCUCGGGUUGCCUCCCUGGUGGUUCUAGAGUUCUCCCUCAGAGCAGUGUCAGCUUGGGUCACAGCUGGACCAGUGAGGCACUUGCAAGAUAAUAACAUAAAUGAGUCCAGUAGGUUCCUACAGCAGCUGCUGGUCCAGUGCCAGUUCUCCCUGGGUUGUGCCCUCAGCUGCAGUCUCCAUUUCCUCCACGAGGGGGCGCCACAGCGCUGGCUAUGCCUCCUCCUAGCUGCAGGACUGAGCUGGUUCCUGGCCAGCCAGACUGGGCGCCUACGGCUCCAUGUCACUACACUGUACAAACUACACAGUUCCCAGCGCUACUGUGGAGUGUGCAUUGCACUGCUUACAUCAGGUUGCUCUUUGUUACCACACCUGACCAGGGCCCUUAUGCUCAGCUUUGCAGUGGCUGCCAUUUCCGCCAUAUCUAUAAUAAACAAACACUUCCUCUCAGCUACAGAAGCCCUCAGGUUCUGGACUCCACUGACAAUCUGCUACACACUGCUGGUGGUGUAUAUGCAGGAGGAGCAACAUCGCCAGCCAAGUGGCCAAGCUGUUAUAAACACAGUGGUGGUGCGUCUGGGGGGGCUCAUGGUCCUGAUGCUGACUGUCGGCCGCUGGGCAGAUGUGCUCCACAUCCUUCUGUGCUUCCUGGGUGAGGCUGGCUGUCUGAUACCCUCCAGAGACCUGUUGGAUGCUACAACACAGGAUAUGGAGGAAGUUCCCAGACAUUCCCAGGGUAGUGAGAACCGUAGGAGACACCUGACACCUGGCAAAGACCACCAGAGUUAAGUCAUGGGAAGAAACUAUUCGUGCUGGGAAUCUUUCUUAGCAAUAGUCUAUUAUAAUCUAUGAUUAUAAUCAUAUGAAUUAGUGACAAGUGUUGUCUUUUAUACCUAGGAAGGAUAUAAUGAAAAUAAUAAUAAAAUUGUAUUAUGACACAUC